GCCGCCGCAAUUGCGUCCCGCUGCGCCAUUAUGACGACUCAUGAAAAUUUCGUAUUUGUUUGAUGAAAGCUGAUGUCACUGACUACAAAGCUGCGAAGGACGCGAAAACAGCCUCCAGAAGGAUGGGAUCUCAUCGAACCUACGCUGGAGGAAUUUGAAGCGAAAAUGCGUGAAGCUGAAACGGAUCCGCAUGAGGGAAAAAGGCGGACUGAGACGCUAUGGCCAAUCUUUAGAAUCCAUCAUCAAAGGACCAGAUACAUUUACGAUCUUUACUACAAACGCGAGGCUAUCUCUCGGGAGCUUUAUGAGUUCUGCUUAGCAACGAAAAUUGCUGACGCUCAACUCAUAGCCAAAUGGAAGAAACAGGGAUAUGAGAAUCUGUGCUGUCUGAGAUGUGUUCAAACGCGAGACACCAACUUCGGUACAAAUUGUAUCUGCCGUGUUCCGAAAAGUAAACUCGAUGCAGAUAGAGUUAUCGAAUGCGUACAUUGUGGAUGUCGUGGUUGUUCCGGAUGAGUGAGAUAGCAGUUAAUUUAUUACUUGGACUGUGCCAUGUUGUCCGUGUAUAAAUCUUCAUCACUCUGA